AGUCGACCUCACAGCCGUUGUUUCACCAUGGCAGCGCGAGAAGAGGAUGGAGCCAUGGCGGCAGGGGCGACACAGGCAGCACCGGGAGCAGGCGGAGCAGGACUUGUCAAGGAGGAUAGUUUGGACAUGGAAUCCUUCAACGUAGAACGGAAAUCCCUCCUCGAUGUUGUCAUGGAGAAGGCCGAACAGUUGGAGCUUGUAGAGAAGAUUCAUAGAGUUGUUGUUGGAAUGAGAUACAGCGGGAGCAUCGAGGCGGGGGAAGCGAUCAAGGAGCAGAUAGACGACUGUGUGAAGAAGACUGUUGCUCAGGACGAGCAGGGAGGAUUUACAACAGGGAUAACAAUCCUGUUGAAUGCUUGCUGCCUGCUGACUCUUGAAGGGCCUCAACGGCUCAUCGUGGGAACGCUCAGGAGCCUCCAAGAACCUGACAACGGAGUGAAGGGGCAGGGGAUUUCUUUUCAUAUGUUUUCGUCCAUCCAAGACACACCGGGAAGGAUGUUUCCUAUGUACUCAUCCUGCUCCAUCAACCAGCCGAAGGCUGACCCAGCGCACUUAGACAGGGAAGGUGUUAUCAAUCUCAUUCCAGAGAUGUCGAUCAACUUGCAGAAGAUCGGAAAGAAUCUGAAGACGUUGGACGACAAGGAGUACCAAGAAGCAAUGAGCAACAUGCAGCGGAAAUAUCCUGAGCUCAUACCAUCCGUGAAAGAGAUCCUUGGCCUGUGUGCCAGCCCAGACGUCAUGAGUCUCGAGGAAUACUUUGACCUCUACUAUACGCCGAUGAGAUGUCUUGGUUCUCCUUUGGAUUCAGAGAUAGUUUGGCCGUUGCCCCCCAAUCUUGUUUAUUAAUGUAGAUACAUCCCUCC